AUGGCCACCAACGGUACCAACGGCACGAAUGGUGUCAAGAACAACAACGCCAAAUAUGACCCUGAAUUCACGAAACACGUCAUUGGCCUGAUGGCCGCCGAAACAAAACCAAGACAUCGCGAAAUCCUCAGCUCAUUGAUCUCACAUUUACACGACUUCAUCCGAGAUGUCGAGCUCACCCAAGAUGAAUGGAUCAUCGGUGUCAACUACGUCAACUCCAUCGGCCAGGCUUAUAAGAAGAACCGAAAUGAGGCCUGGAGAGUGUGCGACGUUCUCGGCGUAGAAUCCCUUGUUGAUGAGAUCAAUCACAAGAUCGUCACAGACGAAGGCAUCACUCCCACAUCGUCAGCCAUUCUCGGACCCUUUUGGUCACCCGAGACACCAUUCCGAGAUUUGGGUGCCAGCGUGGUUCAGGAUAUGCCCAAGGAUGGUCAACUCACAUUUUUCCACGGUGUAAUCAAAGACGCCGAGACCGGCAAAGGCAUACCGAAUUGCGUUUUCGACAUGUGGCAGGCCAGCACCAACGGCAAGUACGAUGUUUUCGACCCUGAAAACCAGACUCGCCACAACCUUCGAGGCAAGUUCCGAACCAACGAAGAGGGUAAAUUCUGGUUUUACUGCUUGAAGCCCACCGAGUAUGCCAUCGAUACCUCAGGACCUUCAGCCGACCUGCUCAAGAUCAUGGGCCGACAUCCCAACCGCCCAGCCCAUAUCCAUAUGAUGGUUACCCAUGACGAUUACGUCGGCGUGACCGCUCAAUUAUACCCCAACGACGACCCCUGGCUGGAGACCGACACCGUCUGCGCUGUCAAGGACGAUCUACUCUUGGAAUUCAAGCCCGUCGAGAACGAGCCUAAAGGAGCGACUUUGGAUGUCGAGUACAAUGUUCGAUUACUUUCGAAGAAGUAUAAGCCAGACAAUACCAUGUUGAUGGGUAAUGCCAACCAGGAUAACUUUUAA